AUGGCUGAUGUGGAGACUGAAGUGACAGUUGCAGGAGGGCAGCCAAAGAAGAGAACUUUCAAGAAGUUCAGUUUUAGAGGCGUUGAUUUAGAUGCUCUCCUUGACAUGUCCACUGAUGAACUUGUCAAGCUCUUUCCCGCGAGAGCUCGCAGAAGGUUUCAAAGAGGUUUGAAGAGGAAGCCAAUGGCAUUGAUCAAGAAAUUGCGUAAAGCUAAAAGGGAGGCCCCAGCUGGUGAGAAGCCAGAGCCUGUCAGGACCCAUCUUAGGAAUAUGAUCAUUGUACCUGAAAUGAUUGGAAGCAUCAUUGGAGUUUACAAUGGCAAAACCUUCAAUCAGGUUGAGAUCAAGCCUGAGAUGAUUAGCCAUUAUCUUGCCGAGUUCUCAAUUUCUUACAAGCCCGUUAAGCAUGGAAGACCUGGUAUUGGUGCAACACACUCUUCCAGGUUCAUUCCCCUCAAGUGA